AUGCGUCGACCGGCACCGCCUCCGCCGUCAGAGGAGGUAGAGCUGGACUACGGCAGCGCCGACGCACCCUCAGGGGGCCAAGCGCAAGAGGUGCUCACAAAUCAUGUCGAAGCUUCUUCGGCCCCCGUGCGCCCUUCGGCCGCUGGUCGGGUACGCAAGCUCUUAGCCUACGACACGGACGACUUCGAUCCUAUUGUGCUGCCAGCAGGCACCUCUUCAGCUCGAGAGAAAGCUUCGAAUACAUCCCAAGAUCUCGGAUAUGGCAGCGGUAUUGAUGUCAACGAAUUCAGCGCAGCUGCGGGACCGUCUUCACCAAGUCAUCACGCUACAAGCGUCAGGAAUUCCGACAAUGCCAUUGGUGGCGCCACUGUCGACUCCUCGUUAUACGCCAAUCCUCUGCACGGCAAACCACAUCAGAGCCCUCCGCCCCCCUCCUAUCCUCCACCGCUCCUCCCGCAGAACCCUGAUCAACUCUCUUCCUCCCGCUAUGCAUAUGACCCGAGCGUUCCAGAGUUUCGACCCAGUCUGUAUUCCCCCGCGCCGCCAACCCUGCCGACGGAGUCCGAUCUUUGCUACGGUCUUCCGGCUCCGCAGAGCUUCGACACUUCCACAGAAGAUAGCUACGUGCAGCCCACCGCUCCAGAAGCUACAUCUUCAGCCUAUGACCCACCUUACGACCCACAAGCUCCCUAUCAACCCCUCCCGUACCCCCCUCUCCACCAUCUAUAUCCAACCUAUCCACCAAUCGCGUCCUAUCCCGGCUACUAUCCACCACCCAACGUCGAGUACCCCUACACGACGGGAUAUCAUCCUCAGAUGAACCUCUUCCAAGACAGAAGGUUGCUCAAGCAGCAAAAGAAGAAGGAGAAAAAGCUCCGAAAGCGCGAGAAGAAGCAAGCCGCACGAUCUGCCGCCUACGUUGCUCACUAUACUUCGCACGACGUCGUAUCGUCCUCAGCAGACGCUAUUCCCUUUGCGCACGAUCAGGAUGUCGCCUGGAUCGAAGAUGGCAAGGCACAGGCCGUCGCCAUGAUUAGAGAACUGCAUGCACGUGGUGUGCCUCCGCAGCGCUUGACGGAAAGGGGUGUCCCUCUGCAUAUGAUCGAAGAUUGCUGCGUCGAGCUGGGCAUUGCAGCGCAAGGCCAGGCACAGCCAGACGCAGAUGGCACCUCCGCGCAGCCUGAGGCCCUGGCAUACGAUAGCGCUGAAAAGAAGGAUCAAAGCUCCACAACACAGGCAGAAGAUGAAUUGCUCGCCAAGCAAGAGCAAGGGAUCCCACUUACGCCGUUGGAAGAACUGCGACGAAAGGUGCUGGCAUCACGACUGGCGAGAGUUGCAGCGGCAUCUCCAGGAGCAGCAGCCUCUUCGAAGGCUCCAGCUUCGCCAACGGCAGCACCUAGUGUCUUUGAUCGUACUGCCACUUCCGGUGAGGCCGACACGCUGCUUUCGCAGAUCGGUGAAUCGAUCCGCAGUCUUAUGCGACGCUCACACGAGGCUUUUGCUGCAGCGCAGACUGGAGACACCUCUUCCCAACCAGGUCCCUCGUCGUCACGAAAGCGAUCCUACCGUGAUGUUGACGCGGUGGAUCACGGAAAUGCCUCUUCAACAGCUGAUCUUGCGGGAGGCGCGACUUUCGCUGCAGCAAACCCCGUCCGUCGACAAAGGAUCUCGUAUGCGGACACGUUCAGUCGCGCGGCCGAAACGCCGUCUGGAGAGGUGGACUUAAAUGCGCCGGUUCCAGACCUUCCAGACUUGGCCGACUCGGUCGCCGAACUUAAUCGUGUGACCGAGGCUGUCUCACGGCGUCGUCGACCGGUGGCCGCCGAUUUCGAUACCACCGAGUACUCUCCGCUGAUUGUGCGUCCGAAUCGCUUCGUGGACGUACCUUCGGGCCUCAACACGGUCGUCGAUCUGUCGGACGACGAUUCAGACGAGGAUACAGUAGAUGCGUUGGAAGAGGCAACCGGCUGGAAGUCUGCUAAGCUCGAUCUGAAUAUGCGUGACGUCUUGCUACUACGCCAGAAGACGGCUUCCGAGCACUACGACAACUUUUGCGCUCUCAACGGUCUUAAACCAGUCGGAAGGGCGCUCACACCACAGCAAGAUGGAGCGGCGAGGGCCAUCGAGGUCUCGGAUGUCUCGACGCCUGGUGGAAGCGUUUCGAAGGAAAGUCUCUUGGCGCAGGUAGCAGCUUCGGGUGCUGCAUCUUUGGGUUCGUCGACGCCGUCGCGCGAAGAUCUGCUGCGGAAAGAGCUCGAGAUCAAGCAGCUGAUGCGCAAGAUUCAGGUGAUGGAACAGCGCAAGUCACAGCAGCAGACUGCAACACCGUCACCGUCUGUCUCUCCAAUGCCAUCGCGCUAUCUCAUGGCUGGGGCUGGCUCACAGGCUCGAUCCCACUACACAACUCCUCCUUCGAUGCCGGACGAUCUCAACGAAGUGCUCGCAACGCCAGUACAAACCAGGAAUGUCUCGCCAACCCCAAAAGCCAAAGCACCGCUUCAAGAAGAAUCGAAUGCGCAGCAACAAAGCGUCUCUAGCAGCGGCAUGAAACUCGACCCGGCUUUGCAAGUGCAGCGAGAGAAUUUGCUCGCGCUGCUUGCAAGCAAACGCAAAACGGCCAAUGCAGGCUUGGCAGAGACCGCCACUAAGCAGCCGGACAGCGGUACCGGGGACGCGAGCGCAGUGGGUGUUGUGAUCGCGCCAAAGCAAGAGGAUCCGAAUGGCGUACCAGGCAGCGGUGGCAUCCCAGCAAACGACACGAAGGCGGAGGAGCUCCUGAAACGAGAAGAGGUCUCACCUCCACCGUCGGUGGUGUCACGAUAUCGACCGCUGGUGCCGAGUCUGUUCCAAAGCGUGGCUUCAAAAGUACGAUCUUACCUCCCGCCUUCGCUGGGUUUCACUGUUGCGUCCACGGCCAGCUCAUCUAGCAGCAGCGGCGAUGACAGGACGUCGGUAAAGUGGUGUCCUAGGGAAGCGUGUGGAGGGGAAUGUGCGGAUGAGGGCUGUUCGCAACGGCAUGUCAGCGAGUUCGACAGUCACACGUGA